GCGCCAGGGCGGCCACGCGCCGGGGGCGGGAACGCGGAGGGUGCCCUAUAGAUGACUUGGCAAUAAAUCAAGGAAAUUUGGUGAUAUUAUAUAAAUAAAUUGUACAAAAAUAAAGGAAGGUGAAAAAGAGAUCUAUUAAAGAUAAAAUAUACAUGCUACAUCAUAAGGAAGAGAGAACCUGUAUUCACCUUAUGUGUUCAUAGAGAUGAUGUUGUCUUUAAGAUUGCCCAGUAUCUGAGGUGAUAUAUUCCAGUACAACUAAGCGUGAAUGCAUAUCCAUCCACGUCGGUCAGGCCGGUGUUCAGAUUGGCAAUGCGUGUUGGGAACUGUAUUGUCUUGAACAUGGGAUCCAGCCUGAUGGUCAAAUGCCCAGCGAUAAAACUAGCGGAGGUGGAGAUGAUUCAUUUAACACUUUCUUCAGCGAGACAGGAGCUGGCAAACAUGUUCCCAGAGCAGUGUUUGUGGACCUAGAGCCCACCGUGGUUGAUGAAGUACGUACAGGCACAUAUAGGCAGCUAUUCCAUCCUGAGCAGCUCAUUACUGGGAAAGAAGAUGCAGCCAAUAAUUAUGCCAGAGGCCAUUAUACCAUUGGAAAAGAGAUUGUUGAUCUAGUGCUAGAUCGCAUUCGCAAACUGGCCGAUCUGUGCACAGGGCUGCAAGGUUUCCUUAUCUUCCACAGUUUUGGAGGAGGCACCGGUUCAGGGUUUGCAUCUCUGCUCAUGGAAAGGCUGUCAGUUGACUACGGCAAAAAAUCUAAACUAGAGUUUGCGAUUUAUCCAGCACCACAAGUUUCCACGGCUGUAGUGGAGCCUUACAACACAAUCCUAACUACCCACACAACACUAGAGCACUCCGACUGUGCGUUCAUGGUAGAUAAUGAAGCCAUUUAUGAUAUAUGUCGUCGUAACCUUGACAUUGAACGUCCUACUUACACCAACUUAAACCGAUUAAUUGGGCAAAUUGUUUCAUCCAUCACAGCUUCACUGCGCUUUGAUGGAGCCCUCAACGUAGAUCUGACAGAAUUUCAAACCAACCUUGUCCCAUACCCACGAAUCCAUUUCCCUCUGGUAACAUACGCCCCUGUGAUCUCAGCUGAGAAGGCCUAUCACGAGCAGUUAUCCGUGGCUGAAAUCACCAACGCGUGUUUUGAACCAGCCAACCAGAUGGUGAAAUGCGACCCUCGCCACGGCAAAUACAUGGCCUGCUGCAUGUUGUACCGCGGCGACGUGGUUCCUAAAGACGUCAAUGCAGCUAUUGCUACCAUCAAGACUAAACGCACCAUUCAGUUUGUGGAUUGGUGUCCAACUGGAUUCAAGGUGGGCAUUAACUACCAGCCUCCCACCGUGGUGCCGGGUGGUGACCUCGCCAAGGUGCAGCGGGCCGUCUGCAUGUUGAGCAACACCACUGCCAUCGCUGAGGCGUGGGCUCGCCUGGACCACAAGUUCGAUCUCAUGUACGCCAAGCGUGCCUUUGUGCACUGGUACGUUGGGGAAGGAAUGGAGGAAGGGGAGUUUUCCGAAGCCCGCGAAGAUCUGGCUGCCCUUGAGAAAGAUUAUGAAGAAGUUGGUGUAGAUGCAGUAGAAGCAGAGGCUGAAGAAGGAGAUGAAUAUCUAGAGAACUAAAGUCUGGGAGAAAAAAAUGUUAAAAGAGACAAAAAAGGAAUUGCAGAACCCUGUUUACUUGUUUGAUUGUUUUCAAAUAAAGUUUCAAAGGUUCUACUCUA